UGAGGUGCUGGUAAAGAAAAAAAAAAAGACGCGGUCAAUGAAUACGCGUUCCCUGACAGCGCGGCUGUGGCUUUGCACAACUCUCGAGAUCGUGAUCCUUGGCUGUAGAUCGUGCGCGUGAGCGGGGGGGAAACGAUCGCAAACCAGCUCCAUUCACUCCUCCACGCUCAAAGAAAGUUUUUUCUUUUUCUUUUUUUUGCGAUCAUGAGGGAGCUGCCGCAGAAGGAAGCCAACCUGUUCAGGGAGAUCUUGAAAUGCUAUGAGCUCAAGCAAUACAAGCGCGGCUUCAAGGGAGCAGAUCAGAUUCUCAAAAAGUUUCCUGAACAUGGAGAAACACUGGCAAUGAAAGGAUUGUUCUAUAACCACAUGGACAAGAAAGAUGAGGCGUACGAGUUUGUGAAGAAGGGUCUCCGUCAUGAUCUGAGGAGCCAUAUCUGUUGGCAUGUUUUUGGAUUGCUGUACAGAUCAGACAAGAACUACGAGGAGGCGUCCAAGUGCUACAUUAAUGCGCUCAAGUUCGACAAGGAAAACAUCCAGAUUCUUCGCGAUCUUUCGCUUCUGCAGAUGCAGAUGCGCACACUGGAGGCCUACGUCGAAACUCGCCACACACUACUCGAAUUACGUCCUCAGAACAGGCAGUAUUGGGUCGCUGUCGCCAUUGCCUACCAGCUGAUGGGCAAACCCGAGUUGGGCGUCAAAGUUUUGACCGCAUACGAGGAAACGCUCAAGGACAUUCCUUCGACCCCGGAUUAUGAGCACAGCGAGAUGUUGCUCUACCAUAACGUCCUAUUGGAAGAGGCAGGCGAUAUUCAGGCAGCGUUGGAUCAUCUGGACGCGAUUGAGAAGCAUGUCUGCGAUCGCAGGGCUAUCAAGGAGAACCGCGCCAAGUAUCUUCUCGCACUUGGGCGAAUGGAGGAGGCGGGGGCUGGAUACAGAGCGCUGUUAGCGAUCAACCCGGACAACAUGGCGUAUUUUGAGGGUCUUCGGAAGAGCGUUGGACUGGGAAGCGAUCAUUUGACGGCGAAAGAACAGGUCGAGGUCUUGGAGCUGUUCAAGGGGCUUCAGAAUGAGUACCCUCGUUCAAAUGCCGCCAAGCGGUUGCCUUUGCGUUAUUCGACUGGAGAGGCGUUUGUCACAAUCGCGGACGAAUAUAUUCGGAGCAUGCUGAGAAAGGGCGUUCCAUCGUUGUUUGUCAACAUCAAGACCCUGUAUACUGAUAACGAGAAGCAGCAAGCAGUGGAAAAGUUGGCACUCGGCUAUUUGGGGGCGCUGGACAAGUCCAAGGGUUUUGACAACUCUGGAACCAUCGUGGAACCACCAACAGCCCUUCUCUGGACGUUGUAUUUUUUGGCACAGCACUAUGAUUAUAAGCGCAACACGGAUCAGGCGCUGGAAUACAUUAAUCGUGCGAUCGAGCACACGCCCACAUUGGUCGAGCUGUAUAUGACCAAAGGACGCAUCCUGAAGCACGCUGGAGAUCACCUUGGUGCGAUGGCAGCACUGAACGAGGGUAGGGAGUUGGACCUGCAGGAUCGUUUCAUCAACUCGAAAUGCACAAAGUAUAUGCUUCGUGCGGACAAGAUGGCCGAGGCUGAAAAGACGGUCGUACUUUUCACGCGCGCGGAUAUUGCCAACCCCUUGAACGAUCUUGUGGACAUGCAAUCUCAAUGGUUCCCGCUCGAGGCUGGUGAGAGUCAUCUUCGACAAGGACAGAUUGGGAAAGCUCUGAAGCGAUUCCAUCAGAUUGACAAGCACUUUAAUGACUACACGGAAGACCAGUUUGAUUUCCAUACGUACUGUCUUCGCAAGAUGACCUUGAGGGCCUACGUCUCGCUCGUGAAGCUGGAAGAUCAGCUUCGCUCCCAUCCUUACUAUGUCCGUGCAGCCCAGAAUGCGGUGCAGUGCUACGUGACCCUAUUUGACAAACCCGAUGGCGCCAGCACAGAGGAGAUGGAGGGCAUGACUGAGGCGGAGAAGAAAAAGUUCCGCAGCAAGCAACGCAAGGCCGAGCUCAAGGCCCAACAAGAGGCCGAGGACAAGAAGAAGAAAGCGGCAGCAGCAGCAGCGGAAGCAACCAAGAAGGCUGGCGGAUCAACAGUGGCAGCAAAGGUGGAUGAAGACCCGGAAGGGACAAAAUACACAAAGGUCGAGGAUCCUCUGGCGGAGGCACUCAAUUUCUUGAAGCCCCUGCAAGAGUUGGCUGCUGAAAGGAUCGAGACACAUCUCAUGGGCUUUGAGAUCUAUAUCCGUAAAAACAAGCUGCUGCUGGCGCUAAAGUCGCUGCUGAAGGCUGUCAAGAUUGAUCCCAACCACGCGACCCUGCACGAGCAGCUGGUCCGCUUUGCGCUUGCGGUCCAGAAGCAAAAGCAAGCCUCGUCCAUCAGGCCUAGCGUCCAAUCUGUUAUUGAUCAGCACUGGUCCACGCUUUACGAGGGUCAGGAUCUCGAUGCCUUCUUGGCGGCAUUUGUGGAGAAGAACAAGAACCAGGACCUAGUCCCACAUAAGAUCUCGGCCGCCAUUUCAGCAUCCCUUGUCCACCCAAACGAGAAAUCGAAGGCAGAGGCGUUGUUGUUCUCGAUUGAGGAGGAGCAGUACAACAAGGUGCGGUCGUUAGAGGAUGUGAUUCUGGUUCAGAAGACGCUGAAGAGUCUGCGGUCGAGUCGGUUGCCCGAGUGGAAAGAAAAGGCCAAGGCAUGGUACCCCAGGGCAACAGUCUUUCAGUCCUGAGGAGCUGAUCAAUUUUGAAGAUCCAAGGAGACCAGGCGAUAGAAUAGAACGUCUGCUCCUGCUCCUGCUUCUGCUCCUACUCCUGCUUCAAUAAAAACUUGUUUGUUUUGGUCGAC